AUGACGGACUGUUUGAAGCACGCUGAUACGUACUAUGAUCAGUACACCAGUUCUGCAGGUACCAAAUUUCCUGUGAAGUGGUCGGCCCCUGAGGUUUUGAACGGCAACAAAUUUAGCAGCAAGUCUGAUGAGUAUUUUCUGUGUGGUGGGUUUUCCUUGAUUCACACAAUGAUUGAAGGCAAGCACCAAUAUGAAGUGGGAAAUAUUUUGACCCAUACUCCAAGUAAUUUUGCCAGCAAAGGAGACAGACUGGUAAUGAUAAAUGAUGAAGUAACUCAGGAUCUGCCUCCAAAUUUGCUUGUCGAGAUACUGAGCUCCGGGUCUCCCCGAUUGACUAUGCACCAGGCAACUACCAAUGAGAAAGAGAAAAAUUGUUUGGAGACUGAGAGCAUACAAUCUUUUCAAAAGGAGAGGGCAAACUUAAGUUUUAGCCUGGACAUGGUCAGAGAGACGUGUAUGGACAAAGAUAAUCUGCCUGGGACAAAAGACUCUGAACAGAACAGUGACAAUACUGAAGACAACUCUUCUGUGGAGGAAGUGCUACUUAUUUCUAUGAGUAACACAAGUGUGGCAGUUGUGCGUGGAAGAGGAUGUGACCCUGAACAUACCUGCAGUAAAUGUGACAGCACUGGUUGUACCAUUAGUGACAUUUUGAUGGCUGCUAAUCAUUGUGAGAUGAAAUCAGUUUGUGAAGAAUAUGUUAAAAAAAUUUCAGAGAGAGAUCCCGUUUGGAUCCAGAGUUUACUCCAAACAACAAUCUGUCCUAAAUACAUCACACCAAAAAGCAGUUCCACCUCAGCAAACAUCACAAUCUCCUACUAUAGGUCAAAUAUAUUAGCAGACCUGGGUAAAGGUGUUCCUGUUGUCCUGAACUUCAGCAACUCAAAUAACUUUCUUAAAUGCAUCUAUCAACAAGAUAAAGCAGUUUUGACUGUUGAGUGCUGUGACAAAACCAAGCUGCAGUCAAUCUGUAAGGAUGACCCCACCAAAUGGCCAUUUGUGUUCUACAUGACCAGUGCAAUGGACAACUGCCGUCACUUCGAGUCGGCCGCAUAUAGUGGCUGGUUCAUCCACGGUAAACAUAACUUGGUUGACGUGGGUAAAGGAACCAGUGAAAAUGUCAUGGGAUGUAACUUCUACAUCAUCAUCUGCUCCAGUAACUCACUGUGA